AUGGAUUCCGUCUCGUCAAAACGGAGGACCAAGCCGGGGGCCUUCCCCGGAAAGUUCAAAAGCUUCGUUAAUGAUGUAAAAAAGUUCAGGGUUCAUCGUCAUGAAAGGAAAGAGAGUCAGGAAGUGUUGUCGGUGGGGUCUUCCCCUGCGCUUAUCCCUCAGCCCUUCCAGCCCUCCCAGGCCUCUGAAGCCCCCAUCUCUAUCUCUGAAACAACCGUCCCCGAGAUCAACAUCCCAGAUAUCGAUGAUCCCGAGAUUGAUAAUGCCGAGAUUGAUGAACCCGAGGUCAAUAUUCCAAAGAUCGAAACUCCCGAGCCGAAGCUACUAUCCUCAUCGCAAAGUUCUCUUCCUGUAGCAAGUCUCGCCGUGCAGGUCACUAUCACUUUUGAUGAGCCAUUGAAUUAUUCGUACAGUCGUAGCUAUGAGACCUCGUCCGAUUUCCUGGCCACCGACGCAUUAUGCCAAGGUUUAUUGCGACGGGUUGAUCACUGUUGCUACGAGUUGAUCACUCGCAAGGACUCGACCGCCAUGGAAUAUGCCGCUGCAAGUGGUUCGGAUAAACCAUUGAGAUAUGAGAUCCAAAUCGAUAUCAUUCGAGGUUGGUCCGAGAUAUGGUCUUCCAGGACAUUCAAGUCAUACCAAAAACAAGCCCUAUCAAACGAAGCCGCGAGAGAGAUUAUUACAUCGACUCAUCAUAUAAUAGGGUUGUUUUUAAAACACCACGAUCAGGAUUUUGUCAUGAAGGAGGGUUUCGUAAGAGAAGAUCCGUUAGAUGAACAGGCGAAGUUCCCACACCGGGCCGGACGUGUUCAGCCCAUGUCGUGCGUACCGCGCUCCCACUUCCUUGAGAAAUCACAAUCUUUCGAGUCGUUACCCGGUUAUACGAUCAAUUUCUCCUUCACGAGUCGAUGCCAGCGUCGAAAACCGCAUGAAUGGCAUACGAAAGUCAAGGUCGACAGUAACCAAGCAGCACCCCUGAAUUCGAUAGGGGCAGAGAACUUAUUCUUCGAGGCUUCUUACGCAUUGGACGGCGUUUUGCGAUCAGAAAGAGAGAUGUUUAGAAAUAAACACAGCAAGUGUAUGAAUCUAGAUGGGUGCAAAGAUUGUCGUCAUCAUGACAAUGAUGGUUUGGAAUUACAAAUUUCGAUCGUGAAUAACCUCGGUCCUCAAUUCCUUCACCUAGAGCGGACUGUACACUGCAGUAGCAACCUCUCCUUUUAUACUGACACCGAAAAAUGUGUGACAUUUACCAACCAAGUAGAAGUUGCUCUCGCUAAAGUUCGAGAUGAUGCCGAUGAGGUUGUUAGUCGAAUGAACGACCUUGAAUUCAGGAUUACAGAACUUCGUGGUUAUAGCUGGGCGCUAGAUGAACCGCUCAUUUUUACCUUACCUUCCUCUGAUUUUCAUUCCCGGAGAGAUAUCGAAGCGAUACUAGAUCGAAUUCAAGCCGGCGUUGCAGAAAUACUUCGAGGCAAUGCUAUCUCCGUUCGGAUGACUGCGCACAAGCGAGGCCAUUUUAUUUUGGACAAGACAUUCGUGGCCAGAGAGCCCCUUGAGACGGAGGAAAAGAAAAAGACCAAAUCAAUUGGGAAGCCGAAGGAUUAUGUAUUGAAACGGCUGCAACAGCGCGUCGAGCGGGCUAUCGAAAUGGUCUGCAAAGAUACCCUAACAAUUGACGACGCAGAAGAGAAAGACAAAGAUACUGGAAAGGAAGCUUCCAUUUUGGAACAAAGGCCCCUUACUCGAGAUACUCGGAAUACAGACGCUAAAACUUUUAUAAGCAGACCUGAUACUGCUGGGUCUACCUCGCAAAAUACUACAGAACAACACAAGGCCUCUUCGUAUCUAACAACGGAUGCAGAAGCUGGUGCCGUCGUUCCAAGCUCGAAGAGCGUGAUAGAGAAUGAACAUCCAAGACCCUUUACUCCUACUCCUGAAGCUACCCCAAAAGCACAUUCCGCACCACCAUCCCCGACUCAUCGUCCUCCGAUUCCCAUACGGCGAUCGUCGAUGGUCUUAUACUACUCAAAAACGGGUGCUCGAGCCUUCCCAUUAGUGCCGUGGGCGCAUAGUUACGGAGAACUCGAGGGUUUAGGCGGGAGGAAAUCACAACAGGAUAUAUUCGGUCAGCAGGAAACCAACAAUUUACUGCGCAAACCAUCGACGCUGACUUUCCAACAAAGUGUUCUAAAACCUGAGGAGUCCGAAGGGAAAGGGGCGGCUGUGAUGGCGAGUCAAGAGAAGGGAGUAGAGUCGACCCCAAUCUAUGAGCAUUCGAUUGCUUCGACACCUAGCUUGGUGUUUGGGGGCGACUCUUCUCCUGGUAGUAGUCUCCUAAUAACUCCCAAGAAACAUCGUCUUAGUACCGAGGUGGACUACUCCAAGAAUGCAAUCGCCGACAGUGACGACGAGGAUGUUCGGGAAUCAGUAGGCAUGAGUAUGGAAGCGCAACAGGAUCUGCGUAAAAGCCAGCUAUUUCGCACGCCGUCCCCACAACUCACCACGAAACCGACAAGCUCAUCGCCACUUCGUGUGAGCGAAACUAUACAAAGUCAAAGCAGUAUUUCCCUUUCAGAGAGCGACAAAGUGUCCCUGAAGAAUAGCACUAAACCUAUCAACUCAAAGCCUAACCAGAAACCACUGGUUAACGGGGUAGUUAAAACUCCCGUUGUUGCCACACCAACGGCGCCUGUAGAUGAGAAAUAUCUAAAUACACGCAACACUACCACCAGAAGUGAGAGUUCAAACGAAGACACCUUCGCGCAAUCUAAACCAGACUUCACCUUCUCAUCCCCGCCAGCAGCCACCCCCGAGGGCGGCAAUUCGGAGGGCGAAGAAUCCUUCCAACCAAGGCAAAGGGAGUCAAGCCCAGACCCGUCCGAAGACCUAGACAUGUCGCUAUCCCAGGAGUCCCAGCAGCAAGCGCGCGGCUCCUUCGGAAGCGCCGGUGUACUCGGCUUCCACGAGCAGAUGUUUGGCUCGCUUAGCCUGCGGACCGCGCUGAUGCGCCAUCGGCCUAGUUCUAACUUCGACGUUGCCGAGCCCCCGCGCGAGGAGAAGAGGCCUGGGACUGCGGUGUGA